GAGGUGAGAGAUAUUUUUUAAAAAAACGUGUAAAAACAAGUGGAUAUUUCGCCAUAAUUCGAGGGUGGAGAGUGAUAUUUCCACUUUUUUGUUUUUUCUUCGGUAGUCAGAUAUUUUAUUCUCUCUAAAGUCUGCAGCUUGCGAUUGCCUGGGCAGAUAGGAUAUCCGAGAGACCUCCUGCUCUUCAAUGUUGCUCCGGUGUAUAACGGUUGAAUGUCCCGCAACGGUCAGUUAUAUGAAUAUCUGUUCCCUCUACAAAAGCAGAAGUCCUAAUGUACGUACACUCGACCUCUCAUGUUUCAAAUCUCGAAGUAUAUGCGAUGAUUUUGAUGCUUUAAGACGGCUUUCUUCUAAGAAGAAGCGGAGUUCCAAGAUUGUUAUAAGAGUAUCUCCCAGAGAAGCCGCUUAUGUGGAUGGAGGGCAUCUGAUGAGCUUGGAGUUGAAUGGUUUAUGCAGAGAAGGGCGAGUAGAAGAAGCACUGAAACUCAUGGACGAUAUGGAAAGACAAGGAAUUUACAUUGUUCCAGACAGAUUUCUUGCAUUGCUCCAGGCAUGUAUUGAUUUGAAGUUGUUAGAUGCUGGAAGAAGGGUUCAUGAUUACGUAUCCAGAUCCCAAUCCAGACCUGGUAUUUCCGUCUUCAACAAAGUGAUCGAGAUGUACUGCAAGUUGGGCAGUACAGCAGAUGCUCGCCGAGCAUUCGAUAAAAUGCCGCAAUGGAACUUGAUCUCGUGGAAUAUGAUGAUAAUGGGUUUAGUGGAAAAUGGGAAAGCAGAAGAAGCUCUUGAAAGCUUUAACGAGAUGAGAACAAAUGGUACUACUCCAGACGGGUUUACUUUCUCAGGAAUUUUAAUGGCUUGUGGGAGCUUAGUGGCCGUGGAAAAAGGACUGGCGCACUUCGAAUCAAUGAGCAAAGACUAUGGGAUUGCUCCUUCCAUGGAGCAUUAUGUUUGCGUGAUUGAUCUACUUGGAAAAUCAGGGAAGACGUCUGAAGCCAGGAAGUUUAUAGGUAAGAUGCCAAUCGAACCCAGCUCGAUUGCGUGGGAGACGCUACGAAAAUAUUCCCCCACUGAAAUGAAGGAGCAGUCUGGUUUGAAGAAACAGAGGAUUUUGCCUGAAAAGAGAUCAAAGAUUAACAAGAAUCAAGCAAUUACGAACCCAAACAAGAAAGAAGUCUAUGAUAAGCUAAGGUCUUUGAAUGAGGAAAUGAAGGAAGCAGGUUAUGUGCCGGACACGAGGUAUGUGCUUCAUGAUAUCAAUGAAGAAGCUAAGGAGAAAGCCCUGCUCUACCAUAGCGAGAAGUUGGCUAUUGCCUUCGGGCUUAUUAGUACACCACCAGGAACCACGUUGAGAAUCAUCAAGAACCUAAGGAUAUGUGGAGACUGCCAUAAUGCCGUUAAGCUCAUAUCGAAAAUAGAGGGGCGAGAGAUCAUCGUCAGGGACAACAAAAGGUUUCACCAUUUCAGGGAUGGCAAGUGCUCCUGUGGUGAUUACUGGUAAAACCGUAAACUAAGAUGUUCUUCCUUUUGUUGGCUGUAAAGUACUAGUAAAUACCAAGCUGUGUAUGUUGAAUUGUAGAUCAGAAAUUGAAAAUAAACCCAUUAUAACUGGUACAAUCAUGGUUAAGUGCAUGGUUUUUGCCAAUAGGGGUUGCAGCUACUUGAGGCAGACUGCAGUAAUCAAUUUUUUUCUUUUGC